GGGCCACGUGCGCUAUGCCCAUGCAGCAAUUUUAUUUUUGCAAUAGGUUCCAUUAUAUAGUUUUCUGCUUAAUGAUGUUUACGUCAGAUCAAAAUGCUUAAGUCACAAGGUAAGCAAGUUAAGCCCACUAAGUAAGUUACGCCCAGUAAGUAGGUUAACAAGUGUAAAUACUUAAUAUUUUACAGCGAAUGUAACAAGGGUCCAAAAUGAACACAAUGAAACAAUCAUAAGGAACCGAAAGUGGACACAGUGCCUCCCAUGUCCUCAUAUCCAUAAAGUAAUGUCUGUUAAUUAUUUUGAAUAGCAUAGUCCCUCUCUCGGUUCCUGCUUUCCCUCAGCUCGACUCCCCCAACCGGGGAUCUGUGUCCGGGCUCAAGCUCACUCUGGCGAGGCCCGUUUCCUAGGGGCCUCACACAGGAGUGAUCCCCACAGAUCUCCCUCAGUAGAUCUCCCUCAGUGCACCACCACACCCAGCUAAUUUUUUAUAUAUUUUUUUAGUAGAGACAGGGUUUCACUAUGUUGGCCAGGCUGGUUUCGAACUCCUGGCCUCAAGUGACCGUGCACCUUGGCCUCCCAAAGUGCUGGGACUACAGGCAUGAGCCACCGCGCCUGCUCUGUAAAUAAGGUUCUAUUGCUGUUCGUGCGGAGCUGUACUGUUGUCCUUCCUUCUUGCAUUGCUAUUUCAAAAAAGCCCUCAGAUUGGGUGAUUUGUAAGAAAAGAGUCCUAAUUGGCUCACCGUUCUGCAGGUGUACAGGAGGCAGGUGGCUUCUGCUUCUGGGGAGGCUUCAGGAAGCUUCCAAUUAGGAUAGAAGGAACACUGGGCAGGCGUCUCCCAUGGCAGGAGUGAGAGAGAUGCGGCAGGUGCCACACGCCUAAAUGAGCAGAUCUGGCAGGAACUCACUGUCACCAGAACAGCACCCAGGAGGGCGGUGUUCAGUCCUUCACGGGAAACACCUCCUGCCCCAGUCGCCUUCCACACUGCGGAUGUCACCAUUUGUUUUUUUUGACAGUCUCCUCUGUUGCCCAGGCUGCAGUGCAGUGGCACAAUCUUGACUCACUGCAACCUCUGCCUCCUGGGUUCAGAUGAUUCUCCUGCCUUGGCCUCCCAAGUAGCUGGGAUCACAGGUGCGCACCAACACACCUGGCUAAUUUUUGUAGUUUUAGUAGAGAUGGGUUUCACCAUUUGGCCAGGCUAGACUUGAACUCCUGACCUCAAGUGAUCCGCCGGCUUCAGCCUUCCAAAGUGCUGGGAUUACAGGUGUGACCCACCGUGCCCGGCCUGGGGAUUAUAACUUGACAUGAUGCGGAGCCAAACCAUGACAUUACUGAUUCAUUUAUGUAGCCGGCCUGUCGGUUAGGACUGCCACACCCCUUAAAGUGGAAAAUCCCUGUGUAACUUUCGAUGUCUUCAAAACUUAAACAGAUAGUUCACGAUUGACCAGAGGAAGCCUGACUGAGCGCAGACACGUAUGUUGUAUGUUAUGUGCAUUAUAAACUGUACCCCUCCAAUAAAGGGAGCCAGAGAGGAGGAGAUAUUCUUAAGCAAACCACAAGGAAGAUAAGAUAGAUUCACGUUAAGCAGCAGGUCAUCACAAAGGCCUUGCUGCCUUCCCGGGAGGAGGCGGGGAGAAGGGGGAAGAGGAGGGGGUGUUCUAGCAUCUCAGGGGUGGUGGACGCAGAGGAAACUCCGCAUAGAAGUGGAUCCCUGCAGCUCGAACCCAUGUCAUUCAGGGUCAGCUGAAUGGCCCAUGGCUGCCAUCCGCUGCAAGGGCAGAAGUGAGCAGCUGGGACAGAGACCACGUGGCCGGCAAAGCCACAGCAGCAGCCACGUGGCCCUGUGCAGGGAGUUUGCUGACCCUGCUCUAGCGUGGGCCUCCCUCCUUCCUGGACGCUCCUCUGAGGAGCCCGAGGCCUGUCACCUGCUCUUGAGUCCCACUCAGGACCAGAGUGUGCCAUGCCCACGGCCCCAUCAUUGCCUUUUUCUCCAGUUGUGGUUUCUCCUGUUGCCAGAGCGGGGGGCUCUUUGCUGGGCCUGGUGCCCACACCAUGAGAAACACUUUGUGCCACGUGCUUUCUCUCUCCGAACUUGAGAGACCUCUCAGUGGACCGCGGUACCUGCCCUGUCCGGGUUUUGUGGUCAAAUGGCCUCUCUUUUACGGGAAGAAUAUUGCAUGAUUGCUACUGCAGUGGCAUCUGGGCAGACGGCCGUGGCCCUCUGUGGAGCCUGUGGCUCUUCUCGGGAAAGGCAGGAGUGACUCCUGGGCGAUGUGGGCCUGGCUGUGUCGGAGGUGGUCAGCUUCGUAACUGCCUCACCUGAAAUGACGCUCCCACAGAGGCUCCAGGAUACUCGUAUGCAGGCGCCCAGCCGUUCUCACGGACUCUCUGCAGUGCUGACUGUCUUAUAAAAUAUUAACUGCCUGCAGUAUGCCUUACUAACGAGGUGGCUCUCCGGCCAGAAAGCCCCCAGGGCAGGGGCACUGGACGGGCUCUGCUGACUUAGAGCUGGUGAGCGGGAGGGGUCCUCACUUGCUUUCUCUGCUAAGGAUGGUCUGAGACACUCUCUGGGGAUGUGGCUGGUUGUCACAGAGCCCAGCUCCUGUGGCACUGCUAGUUGCCGGGUGGACUGGGCAGAGGUUCAUGCCGUCCAGCAGGGCAGAGCUGCUGCGAGUGUGGCCCUGGCAAGCUGCGGGGGCGGGGACACGGUGCUGGCCACUCUGGAGGGCAGCUUCUGGCCAUGCUUGUGUGGACACAGUGUCCUGAAAAGACAACAGAGUGCUGUCCUACACCAGGGGCUCUGACCGCCUUCCCACCACUUAGCAGGCACUGGGACGGUGGGUUAGUGAGAUGGUGGGCAUCCUUCAGCCCGGGGGCACUGCUGGCUGGCUCAUCUGCAGAGGGCCUUCCAGAGGCACGUGCUCAGGCAGGGGUCCAGGCAGCAGGCUCGAACACCCAGGGAGGAAAUGAGGGUGGCGGGUCCGGCAGGAGUCAGGGGGCACUCUCCCUCCUCCCGGAUUGGAGGGCACAAGGCCCUCUUCACUUGCAUGGACACAGAGGACUGCAGGGCCCAGUAAUGGCAGCCUGGUAUCGCCCCCUGGUGGCAAGGAAGGGGUGGACAGUGUGUCUUUGUGGAGUGAAAGGGUGGUUGGGUGGUCUGAACCGUUUGGGAAAAGCGCAGUUGCCUUCCCAGGCAUCAGAGGGCAGUCCCUGUCCCUCCCCAAGCCAGAGAGUGGGCAGCACAUGCAGGGUGGAGUUACACAUCUGUGGGGCCGGAGGCCAGCACCUGCUGUGAUGGGGCUGCCAUCUUGACCUUUCUGGCUGUUCCUGUCCCCUCCGUUGUGACAGAUCUAGGGAGCAGGACCUGAGCCUGCCCCAGCCUUGGGGUCCUGCAUCUCACUGGGAAUAGUCCGUGGCUUUGGGGUCACAUCCGGAGUGCUGGGGGAGGGACUGCAGAGGUCCUUGAGCAGGGGUCCUAAGUCCUGUUGUUGGGGGGGGGUCUCACUCAGGCCCAGGUCCCCCUGCCACUCUGAUCCUGCCUGUCCCCCUCCCGCUGACUAUUCAGGUUUUGAAGGUAAUCGCGGCUUACCGCCUUACAGUCCCCUCGUAAAGCACACAUCCACGCGAGGGUCCUGCCCCAGGUCUCUGGGGAGCCCGGGUCCCGCAGGUGCGGUGUCUGGGCCCUGGCUUUAGCUGCGGGCGCGGGAGGCACAGUCCGGGCUGAGUGACGCAGAGCGCUGCGGUCGGCUCCACUGCAUCGGGCACGUGGCACACACUCUGGAGAGAUGCGGGCUGCUCCGCGGGGCCAGGGCAGCGGUGCUGCGCGGGGGUGCGGGUGACGCCGGGCGCCAGCUGCUCAGAGCAGCAACCAUCCGCUGUGUGUCUCCAGAACCCCCAGUGUCUCGAGCUGGAGAGAGGACUGUCCUGAAGGCAGCAGGCCUGGUUGCAGCUGGCGUGGGGUUAUCAGGAUGGAGCCCGCGGCCCUGAGGGGAGCUGGCUCUGAGCAGGACGAGGGCCCUGGGGGGCUGCCCAGGAGGGUCACUGACCUCGGGAGGGCCUCCAAUCUCCAGCGCAGCAACAGCAGCCUCUUCAAGAGCUGGAGACCGCAGUGCCCCUUUGGCAGCAGUGACAAGCAGGAAAACCUCAGUUCAUGGAUUCCUGAAAACAUCAAGAAGAAAGAAUGCGUGUACUUCGUGGAAAGUUCCAAGCUGUCUGAUGCCGGGAAGGUGGUGUGUCAGUGUGGCUACACGCGUGAGCAGCACUUGGAGGAGGCUACAAAGCCCCACACCUUCCAGGGCACACGGUGGGACCCAAAGAAACACGUCCAGGAGAUGCCAACAGAUGCUUUUGGCGACAUCGUCUUCGCUGGCCUGGGCCAGAAGAUGGGAAAGUACGUCCGAGUGUCCCAGGACACGCCCUCCAGCGUGAUCUUCCACCUCAUGACCCAGCACUGGGGGCUGGACGUCCCCAACCUCCUGAUCUCGGUGACAGGGGGCGCCAAGAACUUCAACAUGAAGCCGCGGCUGAAGAGCAUCUUCCGCAGAGGCCUGGUCAAGGUGGCUCAGACCACAGGGGCCUGGAUCAUCACGGGAGGGUCCCACACCGGUGUCAUGAAGCAGGUGGGCGAGGCUGUGCGGGACUUCAGCCUGAGCAGUGGCUACAAGGAAGGUGAGGUCAUCACCAUUGGAGUCGCCACCUGGGGCACCGUCCACCGUUGUGAGGGCCUGAUCCAUCCCAUGGGCAGCUUUCCCGCCGAGUACGUGCUGGAUGAGGAGGGCCAAGGGAACCUCACCUGCCUGGACAGCAACCACUCUCACUUCAUCCUCGUGGACGACGGGACCCAUGGCCAGUAUGGCGUUGAGAUUCCCCUGAGGACCAGGCUGGAGAAGUUCAUAUCAGAGCAGACCAAGGAAAGAGGAGGUGUGGCCAUCAAGAUCCCCAUCGUGUGCGUGGUGCUGGAGGGCGGCCCGGGCACGCUGCACACCAUCUACAACGCCACCACCAACGGCACCCCCUGUGUGGUAGUGGAGGGCUCGGGCCGCGUGGCCGACGUCAUCGCGCAGGUGGCCAGCCUGCCUGUCUCCGACAUCAGCCUCUCCCUUAUCCAGCACAAGCUGAGCGUGUUCUUCCAGGAAGGGUUUGAGGCCUUCACGGAAAGCAGGAUUGUCGAGUGGACCAAAAAGAUCCAGGAUAUUGUCCGGAGGCGGCAGCUGCUGACUAUCUUCCGGGAAGGCAAGGACGGUCAGCAGGAUGUGGACGUGGCCAUCCUGCAGGCCUUGCUGAAAGCCUCACGGAGCCAGGACCACUUCGGCCAGGAGAACUGGGACCACCAGCUGAAACUGGCAGUGGCAUGGAAUCGCGUGGACAUCGCCCGCAGUGAGAUCUUCACGGAUGAGUGGCAGUGGAAGCCUUCAGAUCUGCACCCCAUGAUGACGGCCGCCCUCAUCUCCAACAAGCCUGAGUUUGUGAAGCUCUUCCUGGAGAAUGGGGUGCGGCUGAAGGACUUCGUCACCUGGGACACGUUGCUCCAUCUCUACGAGAACCUGGAGCCCUCCUGCCUGUUCCACAGCAAGCUGCAGAAGCUGCUGGCCGAGGCGCCGGCCGCGCCCCGCCUGCAGAUGCACCACGUGGCCCAGGUGCUGCGGGAGCUGCUGGGGGACUUCACGCAGCCGCUCUACCCCCGGCCCCAGCACAGCGACCGGCCACGGCCCCUGCUGCCUGUGCCACACAUCAAGCUCAACGUGCAGGGAGUGAGCCUCCGGUCCCUCUACAAGCGUUCGUCAGGCCACGUGACCUUCACCAUGGACCCCAUCCGCGACCUUCUCAUUUGGGCCAUCGUCCAGAACCGUCGGGAGCUGGCAGGAAUCAUCUGGGCUCAGAGCCAGGACUGCAUCGCGGCGGCCUUGGCCUGCAGCAAGAUCCUGAAGGAGCUGUCAAAAGAGGAGGAGGACACGGACAGCUCGGAGGAGAUGCUGGCGCUGGCGGAGGAGUAUGAGCAGAGAGCCAUGGGGGUCUUCACCGAGUGCUACCGGAAGGACGAAGAGAGAGCUCAGAAGCUGCUCAUCCGCGUUUCCGAGGCCUGGGGGAAGACCACCUGCCUGCAGCUCGCCCUGGAGGCCAAGGACAUGAAGUUUGUGUCUCACGGCGGCAUCCAGGCCUUCCUGACUAAGGUGUGGUGGGGCCAGCUCUGUGUGGACAACGGACUGUGGCGCGUGAUCCUGUGCAUGCUGGCCUUCCCGCUGCUCCUCACCGGCCUCAUCUCCUUCAGGGAGAAGAGGCUGCAGGAGGUGAGCAGCCCCGCGGCCCGAGCCCGCGCCUUCUUCACCGCGCCCGUGGUGGUCUUUCUCCUGAACAUCCUCUCCUACUUCGCCUUCCUCUGCCUGUUCGCCUAUGUGCUCAUGGUGGACUUCCAGCCCAUGCCCUCCUGGUGCGAGUGUGCCAUCUACCUCUGGCUCUUCUCCCUGGUGUGCGAGGAGAUGCGGCAGCUCUUCUAUGACCCUGAUGAGUGCGGGCUGAUGAAGAAGGCAGCCUUGUAUUUCAGCGACUUCUGGAAUAAGCUGGACGUUGGCGCCAUCUUGCUCUUCAUGGCAGGGCUGACCUGCAGGCUCAUCCCGGAGACGCUGUACCCCGGGCGCGUCAUCCUCUCUCUGGACUUCAUCCUGUUCUGCCUCCGGCUCAUGCACAUCUUCACCGUCAGUAAGACGCUGGGGCCCAAGAUCAUCAUUGUGAAGCGGAUGAUGAAGGACGUCUUCUUCUUCCUCUUCCUGCUGGCGGUGUGGGUGGUGUCCUUCGGGGUGGCCAAGCAGGCCAUCCUCAUCCACAACGAGCGCCGCGUGGACUGGAUCUUCCGAGGGGCCGUCUACCACUCCUACCUCACCAUCUUCGGGCAGAUCCCGGGCUACAUUGACGGAGUGAACUUCAACCCGGAGCACUGCAGCCCCAACGGCACGGACCCCUACAAGCCCAAGUGCCCAGAGAGCGACGCGGCACAGCACAGGCCCGCCUUCCCUGAGUGGCUGACGGUCCUCCUGCUCUGCCUCUACCUGCUCUUCACCAACAUCCUGCUGCUCAACCUCCUCAUCGCCAUGUUCAACUACACCUUCCAGCAGGUGCAGGAACACACGGACCAGAUCUGGAAGUUCCAGCGCCAUGACCUGAUCGAGGAGUACCACGGCCGGCCCCCCGCACCGCCCCCCUUCAUCCUGCUCAGCCACCUGCAGCUCUUCAUCAAGAGGGUGGUCCUGAAGACCCCGGCCAAGAGGCACAAGCAGCUCAAGAACAAGCUGGAGAAGAACGAGGAGGUGGCCCUGCUGUCCUGGGAGCUGUACCUGAAGGAGAACUACCUGCAGCACCAGCAGAUCCAGCAGAAGCAGCGGCCUGAGCAGAAGAUCGAGGACAUCGGCAAUAAGGUUGAUGCCAUGGUGGACCUGCUGGACCUGGACCCGCUGAAGAGGUCGGGCUCCAUGGAGCAGAGGUUGGCCUCCCUGGAGGAGCAGGUGGCCCAGACGGCCCGAGCCCUGCACUGGAUCGUGAGGACGCUGCGGGACAGCGGCUUCGGCUCGGAGGCGGACGUCCCCACUCUGGCCUCCCAGAAGGCCUCGGAGGAGACAGAUGCUGAGCUGGGAGCUGGGAAGAAGAUGGAGGAGCGGUGCGAUGGCUACCAUGUGAGCGCCCGGCACCUCCUCUACCCCAGCUGCCCCGUCACGCGCUUCCCUGUGCCCAACGAGAAGGUGCCCUGGGAGACGGAGUUCCUGAUCUACGAUCCGCCCUUUUACACGGCGGAGAGGAAGGACGCAGCCGCCACGGACCCCGUGGGAGAUGCCAUGGAGCUGCUGUCCACCAUCCAGUACAACGCAGUGGAUGGCCUGAGGGACCGCCAGAGCUUCCAUGGGCCAUACGUGGUGCAGGCCGGACUGCCCCUGAACCCCAUGGGCCGCACAGGGCUGCGUGGGCGCGGGAGCCUCAGCUGCUUCGGACCCAACCACGCGCUGCACCCCGUGGUCACACGGUGGAAGCGGAAUGAGGACGGAGCCAUCUGCAGGAAGAGCAUAAAGAAAAUGCUGGAAGUCCUGGUGGUGAAGCUCCCUCUCUCUGAGCACUGGUCCCUGCCUGGGGGCUCCCGGGAGCCGGGGGAGACGCUGCCUCGGAAGCUGAAGCAGAUCCUCCGGCAGGAGCACUGGCCGUCUUUUGAGAAGCUGCUGAAGCAUGGCUCGGAGGUGUACAAAGGCUACGUGGAUGACCCGAGGAAUACGGACAAUGCCUGGAUCGAGACGGUGGCCGUCAGCGUCCACUUCGAAGACCGGAACGACGUGGAGCUCAACAGGCUGAAUUCCAACCUGCAUGCCCGUGACCCGGGGGUCUCCAUCCGAUGGCAGGUGGUGGACAGGCGCGUCCCGCUGUAUGCGAACCACAAGACUCUCCUCCAGAAGGUGGCCGCUGAGUUGGGGGCCCACUACUGACUGCACGCGGGCUGUGUAGCUCCAGUCCGUGAACGGCCCCCAGAAACUGGGGCUUCCCUCCCCUGAGCCUGUCUGGGACUCAGGCUGAUGCGGGGCCUUGGGGGUGCACAAUGGGGUUUGGUGAACCCACUGCCCCUCACGGCCAAUACAAAUCUGCCACAAACGACCUUGUGAACUGGACGGGGUCAAGGUGACCCCAGAGGAGAGGCACAGGCCAUUGGAGUUGAGGAGCCCCUGGGACCCUUGGCCAUCAGGUGAGGGGCUGGGCCUGUGCGACCGAGCUCUUGGCUGGAGUCCACUCCCUUCCUGUCUGUGUCACCCUGAGCAGCUCGUCCACCAUGGAGGUCAUCUGCCCAAGGCAAGUGCCCUGGAGAGUCGGGGUCCCUUGUGGCCCCCUCGGGCCUAGGCCUGUGAGGAAGGGACCCUGCCACACUCCCCAGGAGGGCCUCCAUGUCCCAAGGUGACUCAGCACGGAUCCUUGCCUGGCCUGGCGUGGGUGCACUGCCUGAACUGGCUGUCAUGAUAAGCUCCGUGGUGGGACAGGCCCAGACAAAGCCCAGGCCUGUCACGAGACGCAGAGGGCCCCAAGGACCCUGGGAUGAGGCUGCUGAAGCUCUCCCUCCCCACUCCCAGGAAGUGCUGGUCACACCCAGAAAGGAGGCACGGUGCAGGCAGGAGGGGGGACGUGGGGGUCUCCAGGUUUGGUGUCAACAGCUCAUAGGAGCCUGAACCAUCAGGACCCUCGGGAUGGGGAAUGUGGGAAAACUGAAGAUGUUAACUCCUCCAUCUCAGGCCUGGCUGGCUCCUCUCUGUUUUCCACAAAUAAAGUUCCUGACAUGUCCAGGGUCGGGGCUGUGUCGUGGCUGCCUGAAGCUCUCCUCAACCUCCGGGUGAGCUUCCUGUGGCCUGUGGGUACCCCGCAGCCCCUCAGCCCUGCACCCCCAUUUCCCCUCUGA